UCCUCUGGCCGGCCAUCACGAUUAUUCGUGACCUGACCUGACAUGACAUGACAUGCGUGCUAUGAUUGAUCAGUGCAUGCGCAAUUGCAGGCAUCCAAUUCCAGCACUCAACCUGCCCGCCACCACCUCCUAUUUCUACCGCUGCGUCCAGGUCAGCGUCAGAGGAGCAGCGCGCGGCCGUGGUUCGGCGACGCGGCGGGGGCAUCAUCAUCCUCGGCCGCCGCAACGUGCAUGGCGUGGAUCUUACUGCGGCGGAUCGAUUACUCCCGCUUCGGCUGCCCCCUCUUCAGCGCCUUCUUCACCUACGAGGACAACCACGAAGGCAAGCCGGCCGCCUGAGCGACACACAACUGCAGCGAGCAGUUCAGUACUAGCUAGCUAGUACAGUAGCAGUAGCCGUGUGCCAAAAUCUUUCCUCUGGAGAAGCCAUGUCUAGCCCACGGUGGCCGGAGAGGUCACCGGCGGCGAGGAGCAACGACAACGGAUACGUUGAGACCGACCCCACUGGUCGCUACGGCCGGUUCGACGAGCUCCUGGGCAAGGGAGCGAUGAAGUCGGUGUACAAAGGGUUUGACGAGGUGCGCGGCGUGGAGGUGGCGUGGAACCAGGCCAACCUCGCCGACGUCCUCCGCACUCCCGACGCGCUGCAGCGCAUGUACUCGGAGGUGCACCUCCUGAGCACGCUCCGGCACGACUCCAUCAUCGCCUUCCACGCCUCCUGGGUCUCCGUCUCCUCCACCUCGCCGCGCGGCACCGGCGGCGCGGGGUGCGGCCGCACCUUCAACUUCAUCACCGAGCUCUUCUCCUCCGGCACCCUCCGCGCGUACCGCCUCCGGUACCCGCGCGUGAGCCUCCGCGCCGUCCGCGGCUGGGCGCGGCAGAUCCUCCGUGGCCUCGCCUACCUCCACGCCCACGACCCUCCGGUCAUCCACCGCGACCUCAAGUGCGACAACGUGUUCGUGAACGGUCACCAGGGCACCGUCAAGAUCGGCGACCUGGGCCUCGCCGCCGUGCUCCGGGACACCCAGACGGCGCACAGCGUGAUCGGCACGCCGGAGUUCAUGGCGCCCGAGAUGUACGACGAGGAGUACGACGAGCUGGUGGACGUGUACUCGUUCGGGAUGUGCAUGCUGGAGAUGCUCACGGUGGAGUUCCCCUACGCCGAGUGCUCCAACCCCGCGCAGAUCUACAGGAAGGUCACCUCCGGCAAGCUGCCCGACGCCUUCUACCGGGUGGAGGACGCGGACGCGCGCAGGUUCGUCGGCCGGUGCCUCGUCCCGGCCUCGCACCGCCCCUCCGCGCAGGAGCUCCUCCUCGACCCUUUCCUCUCCACGCAGGACACGACCAUGACCAUGUCAACGCCGCCGUCGCUGCCUGCCUUGUCUACCCGUAGCGACCGGAAAGAUGAGAAGGCGGCGGCGGGGAGGACUGACAUGACCAUCACCGGCAAGCUCAACAGCGACAGCGACACCAUCUUCCUCAAAGUGCAGAUCACCGACGAAUCAGGCCAUACGAGGAACAUCUACUUCCCAUUCGACAUUGCUGGUGACACGGCGAUAGAGGUGGCGACGGAGAUGGUGAAGGAGCUGGACAUUGAGAACCGGGACCCCUCUGAGAUUGCUGCCAUGAUCGAGCAGGAAAUCCUGAGGCUGGUUCCCGACUGGGCCGGUGGCAACUGCGGCGAUCAGCAAGAGUACUACACGUACGCGGAUGAUGACGACAACGAGGAGCAGCCUCCUUUCUACUACCUCUCUUCUUCCCCAACUUCGUCCCACGGCUCUCACUGUGGCGUGGGGCCCACGGCAUCUGGACUGCAAGGAGGACAUGGUGACUGGUUACAAGAUUAUGGUGUAAGCAGCGACGACGACGACACGAGCUCCACGCGCUCUGGGCUGCACUACUCGUCGGAAGAGGCCCAGCCCGAAGAGAACCCCAGCGGCGUCUCCAAGACGGGCCCGGUGAAGGCGACUAGAUUUGGCCCAGGUGACAGCAGCAGUGCAGGCCAGAACGUGUCCCCGCACGCCGGCCGGCCGCGGCGCCGUGGCGGGAGCCCCGACGACAGCGGCGGCGACGACGGGGGGCGGCGGGGGAGGCAACAGCAGCAGCAGCAGGGUCGCCUGACGAGGAACCGUUCGAUGGUGGACGUGCGGAGCCAGCUGCUGCACCGGACGCUGGUGGAGGAGCUCAACAAGCGCAUGUUCUUCAACACCGUCGGCGCCGUGGAGAACAUCGGCUUCCGCCGCAUCCCCGGCUACGGCGGCGGACCCUCGUCGUCGUCGGGGACGAGGACGUCCUCGCGCGGCGGCGGCGAGCAGCGUGGGCGGAGGAGCGGCAAGGAGAACAAGCACCAGUUCUUCAUGGUCUGAGCUGAAGGAAAAUCUGUUGAUCAACCACUUUGUUCGACCGUAUGUAUAAAGCAGUGUGGUAAUUAAAUCUUGUACCGAUCGUGUGUGCAGGUAGCUAUUGGUGCAAGCACAGUUACUUUACGUGAGUGCAUACCGUAUUUGAGUUGAUCGAACGAAUGAAAAUCCCUAUUUUAAAACUA